CUCCGCCCCCGCCCCGCAACCGCCGCCGCAUUCCCUGGGGAGCGCGGAGGAGGAGCCGCUCCCCAACUUCGUGGCCCACGAAGGGGUGGGGGGUCAGGGGCGGUCUCCCUCGCCCUGUCCGUCUCUGUCCCUUACGGCGGAGCCCGCUUCCAGGGCAGCCAUUGCCAUGGAGACCCCCGAAGCUAUAAAGCCAGGUAUCUAGGCGUCGGGCACCUCACGAGCCGCUGAGCCCCCCAAGUAAAAAAGCAAGCGUCCCGGCCCCCGCAAGAGAGGAGGAGGCGGAGAGAGGCUUCGAGAGCUGGAGGAGCGGCGCUCCCCGCCGAGGCAGGAGGCAAGCGCGCCAGGCGGGAGCCACCCGCUCAGCAGGGGAGCCCGGGCGGCCCGGGAUGCCGGUGAGUGGCGCUGCUCCAAGCCACGAGGGACCGAGGGGCGUCGGACACGGGGGAAACGGCCCAAGAGUUGAGAAGGUCGAGCCUGAGCGGGAGCCGGGAGUAGCAAGCAGCCCACACCUCCAGGCGGGAGGCCCAGGGAGGAGAGCAAGACGAACCGGGAGCAGCAGGGAGACCUGAGCGGGAACCGCAGGACCCUCGGCUGCUGCCACCUACGCGCGCGGAAAGAGCGGUACCGGUGUCCGGGCCGGGGCCGUAGCCCCUUGGGGUGAGGGAACAGGGGCGCCCCCGUGCGGAGCUGUCGGACUUCCCGAGCACGGUCGCUGGAGCCAUGCUCAAGCCCAAGGACCUAUGCCCCCGGGCGGGUACGCGCACCUUCCUUGAGGCCAUGCAGGCCGGCAAAGUCCACUUGGCCCGUUUCGUGCUGGACGCGCUGGACCGCAGCAUCAUCGACUGCCGCGCAGAGCAGGGCCGUACGCCGCUCAUGGUGGCCGUGGGGCUGCCGGACCCCGCCAUGCGCUCGCGCUUCGUGCGACUGCUGCUGGAGCAGGGUGCGGCCGUGAACCUGCGGGACGAGCGCGGCCGCACUGCACUCAGCCUGGCCUGCGAGCGAGGCCACCUGGACGCCGUGCAGCUGCUGGUGCAGUUCAGCGGCGACCCGGAGGCAGCGGACUCGGCCGGCAACAGCCCGGUGAUGUGGGCGGCGGCGUGCGGCCACGGGGCGGUGCUGGAGUUCCUGGUGCGCUCUUUCCGCCGCCUGGGCUUGCGCCUUGACCGCACCAACCGCGCGGGCCUCACGGCGCUGCAGCUGGCCGCCUCCCGCGGUCACGGGACCUGUGUGCAGGCCCUCACCGGGCCUUGGGGUCGGGCAGCCGCAGCGGCCGCGGCCCGGGGCUCCAAUUCCGACAGUCCCCCUGGACGCCCUGCCCCGGCGCCCAGCCCAGAGCGUCGACGACCCAGCCCCCGUCGUCUACCGCGGCCCCUUUUGGCACGGUUUGUGCGAGCUGCCGGCGGCCACGGCCAUGGUCACGGCCACGGCCACGGCCACGGAGGUGAGCUUGCCUCUGCUGGCAAGGGCUCGGGCCGUCACAGGGCACCAGGCAGCGAGAGGCCAGAGCUGGGCCGGAGCAUGAGCCUAGCGUUGGGUACCAUGACGGAGGAGGAGACAGCACGCCUUCGGGCAGGAGCUCUGAUGGCCCGAUCAAACUCACCCCAGUCUUCGGGGAGUGGGCGGUGGCGCUCCCAGGAGGUGCUGGAGGGAGUGCCCCCAACCCUAGUGCAAGCCCCUAUCGGCCUUAGUCCUCAUCCCGAGGGUGGUCCAGGCUCUGGCCGCCUGGGUUUGCGGCGACGUUCCACAGCCCCAGACAUCCCCAGCCUGGUCGGGGAGGCUUCAGGGCCAGAGAGUGGCCCGGAAUUAGAGACCAACGCUCUGCCUUUCUCAGUGCCUGAGCCAAAGCCUUGGCAGGCGGGCACAGAGGCUGUGGUACUGCAGGCUCAGCGGUAAGGGGCAUGAAGGUCGAGCCCUGCAAAGUCCACCCUCUUGUCUCUGGUCACUGAGAUGUCCCUUUCCUCCAAGUCCUUCCCUUUCUCUGCGAUUUGCCCCCCGCCCCCGACACACACACACACACACACACACACACACACACACACACACACACACACACACACACACACUUUGUCCCUUACUGCUAAAGGAAGACCUCCACCAGUCCUCCACCAGAUUGGAGAAAGAGAUCUCGUCUUUUUGUGCUCUUUGGUAUUUCCUGUGUAGAACCCUCACCUUUCGACAGCCCUGACUCUCUUGUUCUGGGGGUGGGGGGUGGGGAAGAGGUGCGAAAGACUUCUUCUGUAGGCUUUCUAGCCAGGAAAGUGGACCCUGAGGCCCAGCCGCCUAGGUUCUGCUUCGGUUCCUGUAAGACUCUUUGCUUAUUUCUAACUUUCCUAUCAGCUUGGCAGCCCGGCCACAGUAGAGAUGGCUUUGGAGAACAAAGGCCCAGCCCGCCGUGCCUGCUGACGCUGAUAAACUACCAGUUCCCCUCCCUGUAAGCGUUGGAGAAAGGGAGGUUUGAAACGGCCCCAUACGCUUUUUGGACCAGAGGGCUGAUUAUGAAGGAAUCCAUUGGUUAAGGUUUUCCGAGGUAGAAACUCCUUCUUCGAGAUGAUGAGGAUAUUGGGGGACUUUGUACCGUGCUGUUCACCAGUUGUCGCUUCUGGAGAAUGAGCUUCCUCUGACUGUCUCAGUCAGACCCAGGGUUCAACAUCAUUGAUAUUAUAGGGUCACUGUUCCUCCAAGCCCCUACUGACUCUUGGCUCCUGGGCCAGCUUGACCCCCAGCAUGGUUGCAUUUGAAUUUCAUCUGUGAGGUUCAAUCCCUCACUCAUCCUGGCCCAGCUUUACUUAUAUUUCCACUUAGUCCCAGAGGCCUGAAAUGGAAAGGACUUAGCGUCCCACCUCCUCCUCCCAGCUCCCCCAUUCUGCACGUGGGUGCUCCAGGAGGGUGGAACAGUUAGGAAGGAUUUGCUUAAUUGUAUUUCUUCCAACCCUCAAAAGAACUCGUGUUUUGAGCCUUUGUGUAUGAAGCAGAAAGCAGCAGGUCUGAUCCGAGGCUUAAGAACCUGACAAUGUCUCUUUAAAUAGCACCUCCGCGAGGGGGAUAAUUGACUGGAGUGUUUGCAACGUUCAACGGCGGAGCGCGGGAGUCGGGAGCCCACACGAACCGCAGGUCCGGAUCUAAAUUACAUCAAACUCCGGAGAGAGCAUAGGAGGGGGCUGCUAAACGUCUCCUGCUUCUUGCUGGGCUGUUAAUGGAGGGCAGGGCAGAUGAUGGAUGCUAAGAUCGAGACCCAGGCCCCCUGCCUGUGCCCCACCGCGUGGGAUGCAGUCCCAGCCCAGCUUCCAGCUUUUAUUACUGGGCAGAUUAGUGAGUCAGAAGCAACCGUGGAGAGGUAGUUAGGCCCCCUCCCCGCCAAGUCUUUUGUCCUCUCUCUCUCUCCCCGCCCCUGCCCUCCAACUCUGUACCGCCUCGACAGGCGACAGGCAACAAGCUGCGAAGAAAGGGGCUUGACAGGUCGCAUGCUCUACGACCCAGUGUCAGUGUUAGCUCCUGGUGGGAGAUCUAUACCAUCGGGGUGUGGUGAAAACUCCUGCUUCAAGGCAGUGGAAGUUUUCUGGCCGUACCUCGGGUUUCUGUUUGUGAACCCCGAAGAGUGCGCACGUAGCUCCUCACCUGCCCGCGAUAAAGCCUUUUUAAGACGUUGAUCUGUUGUCUUUGUGUGAGGGUUUCUCACCAGUAGCUCCGAGGGAACUGCCCAGAGAGAGAAUGCUGGUGCUGAGAAACUGGGCCUGCGGCUGCGGGGUAGGAAGUCAGCUUUUGCAGAGCCCUGGCACCUCCCCAGUUCCUUGGCUGGCUAGGCUCCGAGGCCGCGCGCCAGCCCGGUGAUCCUUGCUGCCCCCUGGUGGCAACCGCUGCGCUCUCUUCGCUGCGCCCAGGGAACUCAGACUCGGCUUUUAUCGGAGAUCAUCGAUGUGUAACUUCUCCCACUGUGCAUUUUACCCAUGAAGCAUGUUCCUCUUGCAGAAUAUUAAAUCCGGAUACUUGAAGUCUUCACUUCAAUGAAGUGAGGAACAGUGUACAAGUAAAGUCAGCACUGGGUGUAAAAAGUGCCCCGAACCCCUUUACCAAGAACCCCAAGCCAUUUUCCAAGCCAAGGCCACUGUUGAGAGAGUUCCUGCUCUCUUUAGAACAGCUGGAGCUGCCAACCCCUAUGGUUUCUGAGCCUUGACCUGACCACGUGCGUUGUUUUCUCAUGACAACUGCUUUCCAUUCUGUGGUGAUAGAUCUGCCACCCCACUCCAACACACACACACACACACACACACACACACACACACACACACACACACACACCUGCCUCUCCUCAGUCCCCUGAGAUAAACAAUACCUGAAAAGUGUCUGAAAAGCCAGAGGAGGUCAGGGCAGGGACACUCCAAGUGAAUACUGCUUUUUCUCUGACCCUUCCUUGCUCACAUUCCAUUUUCAACUGUGUUUAAUUUUAAUGACAUUGUUAAUGGUGUGAGAAUACAAAUAUUUUGGCUUCAAGCACCAUGAA